CAGAUAGCAUUCUUAAAUCGAAUCUUUGUUGUUUUUAGAUAAACAGAAUUAGUUCCUCUUCCCAAAUUUUCCCAGAUUAAAAUUAAACUGUUAUUAAACUCUUGAACAAUGUCAGCAGAAGCGUGUAGCUGUUUGAAGCAUGUGCAGCGGCUCACUCAGCAGGUCUCAGUGAUGAGGAAGGAGAUCAACAAUCUCAGGAAGCAUUUGGACAGCGCGGUGAGGGCACACAGGAAGCAGAUGCAGUCGCUGCAGUCCAUUCUGACGGACAGGCUGAGCGCUGGAACGCAGGAACGGAGGAUGAAGGUUCCAUCGUCACCGGGUUCGAGCGGAACAGAGUUAUCAUUAGAACGAGGUCACAUCCGCACGGUUCCCAUCGGCUUCAUCAGUUCCUGCUUCGCUCAGAAGAACGGAACCCCGAGGCAGCCGGGCGUCUGUGGGUCGUCCCGCGCCAGUCUGACCGUCCAGACGUCUGUGUUUAAUAAUCCCGGACACGCCCUCGCCGGCCUCCAGCAGUACUCGCAUAUCUGGUUGAUUUUUCUGUUCCAUAAAAACGGUCACAUGAGCUAUAAAGCUAAAGUGAAGCCGCCGCGCCUGAACGGACAGAAAGUGGGAGUGUAUUCCACACGCAGCCCUCACCGGCCCAACGCCAUCGGCCUGAGUCUCGCCAAACUGGAGAGCAUCACAGGUGAUGUUCUGCACCUGUCUGGCAUGGAUCUGAUCGCUGGGACCCCCGUGCUGGAUAUCAAACCCUACAUCCCCGAGUACGACUCCCCACUCACGUCCACGCCCCCCGACCCCUACACUGACCCCCAACAACAACAGGACACGGACCUUCACCCGGCGAGUCCUGAAGAACCCGAGCAGGUGGAACCAGGUGAGUUCUCGUGUCCUCCUGAAGCUGAAGAGAAGCUCACCGGCUCACUACGCUCAGAAGACGGUGCUUUGGGUGCGGUCUUAGCAGAAGUGAGGGAUUAUCUCCAACAGGGGGCGCUGUUCACAGAGAGCAGGGCUGAGGAGGGACGAGGCGCCCGGGGUGUGGCAGCAGCAGACGUGGACGAGGAGAUGAAGCGUGAGGAGCGCAGCAACGUGGCGGCGUGGAUCAGAAACCCUCCUGUAGGAACCCUGAGCGUGAGGUUCACCCCCACCGCCGAGAGAGAGCUCGCCCAGUUCAGGGGUCCUGACAGCUCAGACACAGGGCGGCCAAGGUUCCAGUUCCUAAAAGGAAGCCAGGAGGCAGCCGACGCCCUCCGGCGGGUCUUGGCGGCCGACCCCAGAUCGGUGUACCGGAGGAAGCGCUGUGCUGACCGGCUCUUCUUCUUCAGUCUGGACACGGCCGACAUCACCUGCUGGUUCGGGGAGGGGUUCGCCGAGGUGCUCCGUGUUCGGCCGGUGAUGAUGAUGAGAAGGACGGAUGAGGAAGAGCAGCUUCUCACAUCGUCCUGAGAUGAACCAUCGAUGUUAAAGACUGAACGCUCUCAUUUCAGAUGAUUUGAAUAAAGUGUUGAUGCUGACGUA